AUGGGUGAGCAAGAACAAGCUGCAGGACCUGUACAGGUGUACAAUUGUCCGUUCAGAUUACCUCCUCAACUUGAUUUAUCCUCUGGAAAUGUAUCCGAGAACUACAAAAAGUGGAAAAGACAAGUUGAAGUUUACAUGUCUGCGUCAGGAGGAAUUGACAAAAGUAAAGAGGUACAAGUAGCAAUUAUUUUGAGUUGUGGUGGACCUCACGUAGUCGAGAUAUAUGACCAGUUUCAGUGGGAAGAUGAAUCUCAUAAGAAUGACCCUGCUAAGUUAUAUGAGGAGCUACAAGCCUAUUGUAAUCCUCGUUCCAACGAAGUGUUAGAGUCUCACAGAUUCUGGAAGUUACCUUAUCAGGAACCCUUUGACAAAUUUCUUACAGAAUUACGAACACGUGCAGCGUCAUGUAAUUUCCAGGAACAAGAGAGGAUGAUGCGUGACAAGAUCGUAUUUACAGCUACUGGUAAGCUACAAGAAUUACUGUUACGAGAAGACAAAUUGACUUUGAACAGAGCAAUUCAGAUAUGUAGGGCUUUUGAACAGUCAAACAUACAUGUGAAAGAGCUACGAGAAAACAUCACUUCAUCUAACAAAGUGAAUAAACUAUCUACAAACAAACGACAGAAAAACUUCACAAAGCAGAAAGUGACACACAAACAGAAAAGUGAUUCACAGCCUUCAAGCAAGGAGAAGAAAGAGUGUGAUUUCUGUGGUUAUAAACAUGAACAUGGCAAAUCUAAUUGUCCAGCAUGGGGCAAAAGAUGUGACAAGUGCAACGGGAGAAAUCAUUUUAAGUCCAAAUGUAAGAAAAUACAUGCUGUUGACGAAGAAAGUGAAGACAGCCCAGAGUUAGAAGACAGUUGGCUCCUCGCAUUGAAAAGUAAAGACAGACAGAGCAAAGACAUCACUGCGAUAAUGAAUGUAAAUGAUUGUGACGUACGUUUUCAGUUGGACAGUGCAGCUGACGUAAAUACCAUUUGUCAGAAAUAUGUGAAGAAGGAACAGUGUCGUCCGUCAAACAUUCGUCUUAACAUGUGGAACAACACUCAUAUGAAACCCCUCGGUGAAGCCGAUCUUGAUGUAAUCAAUGCGCGUUCCAACGUCGUCCAGAAACUUAGAUUUGUAGUAGUGCAAAACAAUCUUACCUGUCUACUUGGCAAAGAUGCAAUUCAAGACAUGGGACUUGUGACUGUGAACAGUGAAAAGUUCAUAUCUAAAGUUGGAUUAGAACAGCCUCUUGGUGACUUGGGCAUUGCAACUCUGAAAGUUGACCCCAGUAUUCAACCCAAAGUACUUCCGUGUAGGAAAAUACCGAUAGCUAUCCAGGACUCAGUUAAGCAGGAAAUCGACAGACUUGUUGAUCGAGGUGUUUUGAUACCAAUAACAGAACCAACAUUGUGGGUUAGUCAGAUGGCCGUGGCUCACAAGUCAGACGGAAAGUUGCGAGUUUGUAUAGAUCCACAACCUCUUAACACAGCUCUGAUACGAGAGUACUACCGAUUACCUGUAUUAGAUGACAUACUUCCAAAGCUAACGAAUGCUAAGGUAUUUAGCAAACUUGACGUUAAAGAAGCAUUUUGGCACGUUCGCCUUGAUGAGAAGUCGAGCAAACUUACAACUAUGAUAACGCCAUUCGGGAGAUACAGGUGGGCUCGAUUACCCUUCGGAUUGAAAGUGUCUAGUGAAAUCUUCCAGCGACGGUUAGACGAAGCAUUAUCAGGACUGGAAGGUGUGUAUAGCAUUGUUGAUGACAUUAUUAUUGCAGGAUGUGGUGACAGUGAAGAAGAAGCAAAACGUGACAAUGAACUCAAGAUGCAGAAAGUUUUCAAGAGAUGUGAAGAGAGACACAUUACACUAAACAAGGAUAAGGAAGAAUCCGGACUUCGUGAAAUUUCAUUUCAUGGACACAAAAUUUCUAAAGAUGGUGUCAAGGUUGAUGAGAGUAAAGUGAAAGCUAUCCUUGAAAUGCCAGCACCGACUGAUGUCUCGGGAAUCAAACGUUUAUGUGGAAUGGUUCAGUACAUGUCAAAAUUCCUACCAGACUUGUCGAAGGUAUUGGAACCACUACGACUACUUACCCGUAAAGACCAAAAGUGGAACUGGGACAGCAAAUGUAGGUCAGCAUUUCAGAUUUUGAAGCAUAAGUUGACAGAAACUCCAGUUCUGGCUUAUUUUGAUCCUUCAAAGGAUGUAACACUGCAAGUUGACAGCAGCAAAGAAGGAAUUGGUGCCGUACUACUCCAAGAUGGAAAGCCGGUCGAGUACGCAUCAAGAGCUCUUACAGAAGCAGAGAGAAAAUGGGCUCAGAUAGAGAAGGAAGCUUUAUCCGUUCUCUAUGGACUUGAACGCUUUGAUCAGUACACUUAUGGAAGGAAAGUUUUUAUCCAUAAUGAUCACAAACCAUUAUCUGCUAUAUUGCGCAAACCAUUAGGACUAGCACCUAAAAGACUGCAAGACAUUAUGAUGCGUUACUUCAGAUAUGAUGUAGAAUUCGUAUUUGAGAAAGGAGUAAACCUUGUUAUAGCGGAUACGCUAAGCCGAGCUUUUCUCAUGACAACGGAAGGAAGUCUAGAUGAGCGUCAUAGGAUUCUAUCUGUCUCAACGUUACAAGAAAACGAUGUACCAGAUGUCAGAAUUCAAGAAAUUAAGGACAUGACUGCUAAAGAUUCAGAGAUGCAAACAUUGGCCGACACCAUAGCCAAUGGAUGGCCUGACAGUAAACAUGAUCUUCCAACGAGUGUGCGCCAUUACUUUGAUUUUCGUGACACUCUCAGCUUUGAAGAUGGACUCAUCUUGAAAGGAGAAGCAAUCGUCAUUCCAAAGGCACUUAGAUCAGAAAUGAAGAUACGAUUACACAAAGCACAUCUAGGAUAUGACAGUAUGAUAAGGAGAGCUCGUGGUGUUAUUUUUUGGCCUGGGAUGAAAUCCGACAUAAAACAGAUAGCAGAUUAUUGUGGAAUUUGUCAGGAAAGAAAACCAAGAAACUGUAAGGAACCUUUACUUCAGCACUCAACUUGUGAAUUACCUUGGCAGAAAAUUGGACUAGAUUUAUUUGAGAUACAAGGAAAACACUACAUGGUCUCGGUAGACUACUUUUCCAGUUUUAUUGAGGUAGAUUACCUACCAACAACGACAAGUGCAAGAGUGAUUUCAUUGCUUAAGAAACAGUUCUCUAGAUUUGGCAUACCAAACGUUAUAAUAUCGGAUGGUGGACCACAAUUUAGAUGUCAAGAAUUUCAGGAUUUUGUGAAGACCUGGAAGAUCGAUCACAGAUUCUCAUCUCCGAUGCAUCAGCAAGCAAACGGAAAGGCUGAAUCUGCGGUGAAGAUCAUCAAAACACUGAUGAUUAAAGCACAGGAGGAUGGAACAGACCCGUAUGAAGCGUCACUUGAACAACGUUGUACUCCAAGGCAGGAUACCGGUCUAAGUCCAGCACAGAUGAUGUUCAACAGAGAGAUACGUGCUACACUCCCUAUGAGAUCUCAAGUGAACAAUGAUUUUGGAAUAGUGAAGUCCAAACACAGAUCCAGACAGAUUGCCGUGAAGAAAUCUUAUGAUAAGAAAGCACGAAACUUACCUGAAGUCGAUAUUGGACAGUCCGUUUAUUUCCAACACCGGGAAGGACAAAAUUGGAAGCUUGGGAAAGUGAUUCAAAUACUUGGACAGAGAACAUACGUUAUUAAGGACCAACAAGGAGUCGAAUAUCGAAGGAACCGAAUUCAUAUUAGACCAACUAAAAUACAGAUCCAUAUUCGUGAUCAAUCUCCAGUUCGUGAUGAACCAAUCAGCAAACGUGUACUCUGUGAAUUUCCAAAACCGUUUAGUGAACCAAACGAGUGUAUAUCUAGCAAACAGAUACCAGUGAUUACAGACUCAAACGAACAACAUUGCGUACCAGACUCGAUUUCAGAAACUGUCGUCAGCAAGCCUCACAAGGAUACUACGCCAGAUACUCGUGCAAUGCCAAUAUCGCGUGAACCGUCAUUAAGGAUCCGUAGGAAACCAGCAUACUUGAAAGACUAUGUUCAAAAUUGA